AUGGAGUUCUGUUCCAAGCUCAAGGACCUGAAUAUUACACCGGAUGAAAUAGGCCGCUUUACCAAGGCUUUUCAAAAUGAGGAAUUCAGAAAGAUGCUGCACGAAUACGCAGAGGAAAUAUCAAAGCCAGAGAACAAGAAAAAAUAUGAGGAAGAAAUCAAGUUGUUAGAACAAGAGAGGGGCGUGGACAUUCAAUUUGUCCACCCCGAACCUUACCGAGCCCUGAAGACGAGUAUGGACGGUAGGCAGAAGUGCUUCAUCAAUGUCUGCAGCAAUGACAUGAUUCGUAAACCUGAGUUUAGGAGGGUAGACGAGGCUGGCAGAGUAGGGCAGCAUUGGUCACUACCCCACAGCUUGACACCUGGAACGCCAGACAGGGAUACAAAGGGGAAUAAGUACACAAUCUAUGAUGUUGUGUUUCAUCCAGACACUAUUCACAUGGCUGGAAACAACCCGAGAUUUAUGGAAAUGGUCGACAAAACUGCUGUUGAGGCUGUCGAGAAUGGGGGCAGAGUGAAGCUAGACAAAAACAAUGUAAGAGUUUUGAAAAUCAAAUACAAAGGGACACCACACGCUGCCGUCAUGCGCAAGCCCUUCCCUGGUCAACCUGCCAAGGAAAAACCUUCACCACUUGACGAUCAUCUCUCGUUCCCCUACCCCGACGAAAAACAACCAGACACGGCAACAAAUCAAAAGGAGAGCCGUAAACCGAAGGCCAAGAUUCAGUCCCACACCCAGAUCAGCCAGAGACAACAAAACGCCAAUUCACCCAAGGAGCCAACGAAACCACAUUACACUCUAAAAUACAGAUCAUUCAUUGAUUUGCAAGACUUCAGGUGUUCCAGAGAUUCAGGUCAGAGCCCACGCCCUAAAGAGAUUGUCAUCACUAUUGAUUUGCCUUUGCUUAGAUCUGUUGCGGAUGCUGAUCUAGACGUGACUGAAAGACUUGUUAGUUUGGAAUCCAAGAAACCAGCUUACAGACUAGAGGUGCCGAUGGCAUAUCCAGUGGAUGAAAACAAGGGAGAGGCAAAGUUCAACAAGCAAAAGAAACAACUGGUUGUUACUUUACCUGUUCUACCUCUGAAGGAGCCAACAGUCGCUGAAGUGUCUGGCCGGCAGCUUGUCAAUGAUGAUGGUGAAGAGGAUUUUGAGAAUAGUUAUGCAGCGCAGUCGGAAGACGCAACACGUGGCAAAGAAGAUACCCCCGACCACAGCGGACGUGGCAAAGAAGAUACCCCCGACCACAGCGGACGUGGCAAAGAAGAUACCCCCGACCACAGCGGACGUGGCAAAGAAGAUACCCCCGACCACAGCGGACGUGGCAAAGAAGAUACCCCCGACCACAGCGGACGUGGCAAAGAAGAUACCCCCGACCACAGCGGACGUGGCAAAGAAGAUACCCCCGACCACAGCGGACGUGGCAAAGAAGAUACCCCCGACCACAGCGGACGUGGCAAAGAAGAUACCCCCGACCACAGCGGACGUGGCAAAGAAGAUACUCCCAACCACAGCGGUUGCAUUGAAGGGGACAGCUCAGAAGACGUUCACUGUGAAAAUGCUACAUCACUCCGGUCUGAAAAUCAACUCAUCUCAGUCCUGGAUGACAAGAUAGAGUUUUCUGAACAGUCUGGUGACAUUGAGGACAAGCAACACAAACUGAGAAGUGGUGAAUCACACCGAGCUAAAGCUUCAGAGCCCACUGAGUUUGAUGGCAAGACUGGGUGCACUGACCAGAAUGAGGGACAGUCAGAUGACAAUAAUUUACAUGAGGUGGAAACAGACCCCUCAUCCCUGAGCGAGAGAAUAGAUGACCCAUCUAAUACUGCAGCAAUGGUCAUCCCAUCCAAUCUUGACAACAAUAACCAGGCCAAAGACUGCUCAUCCCCCAAGAUAGAAGAGAUCGUUGAAAGUCAAGCUCCAACUAAGGAUAAACAGAAGACUGUGCGAUUCAGUGAGCAUGUGGAGGUGGCUCAGUCUCAGGAGGAAGAUGACCUGCCUGUUGAGCAGACCUUUCAGGACUGUGAUAUGAGACCACAGCAAGCUCUGCUGACAGAAAUUAACCAGGAUGGACAAGAGGUGGUCAUUAGUGAUCAUACUACAUCUGCUGGUUUCGUUUUUCAAAACUCCUAUAUCUAUGACCUGGACUGA